UACUUCUUGUGUUCACUAAAGACAAAUGACUUUCCCGUUUAACAGCUAUGGAACUUGCGCUGUCUUUGGAGAAAUUGACAAAUGAGAAGCUUCUAAACUUGCAUGCUGUAGCCUCUCGAAAAAAUGAUGUGCAGUUGACUGAUUUUGUUGAAAGUGAGUUCUUGGCUGAGCAGGUGGAAUCCAUCAAGAAGAUAUCAGAAUACGUUGCCCAGCUGAGAAGAGUGGGCAAAGGACAUGGCAUUUGGCACUUUGAUCAGAUGCUCCUCCGUGAAGAGGAAGUUGUUGCCUAGACGGGAGCUUGAUUUUUCUUCUUAUGCCAUCUUCCAGAGUGGUUCUUUGUGGUAUGCUUUUUAGGUUUUGCCGAGACAUUUUUAGUGUGUUAGCAGUAAAUAUGGACUAGUUUAGUGGUGAAGAUUAAAAAAUUUCAGUAGAUGCUGCUGUAAAAUUUUCUAAGAUAGAACACGAAUGAAUGUGAUAUGCCAUAUCGAAUUAACGUCAUAUUUUCCUUUUUCCUUUGUUUGAGUUUGUUGAACAAAGGUCAGGAUUCGUGUCCUUGUAUGGCACUUCAUUGAGCAUUUGAGUGGGGAAACAUGCACUGGAGAUUGAUUC